CAAUACGCCCUUAGCUGAUAGUAAAAUUAAAACCGUCUGAAGCUCCCCGGGACGGAGCGCGACAGCAGAACUCCAGUAAAACGCAAUAAAGGCGACGUGUGAGGCAUUUUUUUAAAAAGCUGAAUUAUUUUUUUAAGCUGAGAAACAAAAGCAGCGGUUCAGAGACGAGUAACAGCCUUUUAAAAACGCCUAUGCCACCAAGAAAGCGUUAUAGCCCUAUACUUGAAAAUAACGUGUUAGCGCCAGUCCAAACUCGGACAAAAAAUACCUCAGCGCAACCUUGGAACGCCUCAGAAAGGGUUCAGCUGCGCUUUGGGACACAGUUGGAAGUGGAACACAUUCUCAAACAGUUAUUGAAUAACCUCUUCCCCAUGAUCUCAUGGCAUCUGCUUGACUUUCAGCUACGCUCAUUCAGCUUAUUCUGCUGUUGGGUAAUUCAUUAUUAGGAGCAACCAAAAAGUCCCCAAGAUGUGACAAGCUUCCAAGUUCUCUAGAACUCUUUAUCAGGCAAGAAGUUGCAUAUGUUGUGGUGAAAUGAGGGAGAUUUCCAGAACGAUUCAGCUAGAUAUUGCUACCAUAAGGCUCUAGUUCGGGGUCCAGUUGGAAAGGUCCAAAGCUAAAUAUAACAGGAACACAGCAUGUCAUACAAGAAGGAGAUACUUUAAGCAUCAUGUGCAGUGGGGAAGUGGCUCAUUCAUGGUCUCUGCCUGAAAGUCUAAGCAAGGACAGCGAACGACUGAAUAUAAUUCCAUAUAGUUGUGGAAGGAACAGCAAACAGUUCUGUAGUAGCCUGACUUUGAACAAAGCUCAAGCAAGUGACACAGGAUAUUAUAGCUGCAAGUAUACAUCUUCAAGUGCGGUGAAGAAGAAGACAGUAUCAACAAUAUAUGUAUUUAUUAAUGACACACACAGUCCGUUUGUAAAGCUCAACAGAGAUCUGCCAGAUAUGAUACGCGUUUUUUAUGGAGAAGAACUUAUCAUCCCAUGCAGAGUUACAGUACCAGAUAUUCCUGUUACAUUAAAAAUGAUGCCAGGAGUUAACAUCAUUCCUGAUGGGAAGACAAUAAUCUGGGAUAGUACAAAGGGCUUUAUAAUACCAAAUGCAACAUAUAAAUUCAUAGGCCUUCUCAGCUGUGAAACAAGUAUUAAUGGCCAUGAAUACAGCACAAAAUACCUGACAUUCAGGAUGAACAAUGAAAUCCAUAGUGUCCGGUUAAAUGCCUCAAGACCAGUCAAGUUAUUAAAAGGAGACAAGCUUGUCCUCAACUGUACAAUCACUACCGCCUGGAACACAAGAGUGCAGAUCACAUGGAGUUAUCCUGGUGAGGCAAGCAAAAGAGGGACCAUAACUAAAAGCAUUAUACCAAGGAACGAUGAACCCAAUCUAUUCUACAGUAUUAUUGUUGUUGAUAAAGUCCGUGAUAUUGAUAAAGGAGAGUAUACCUGCAAUGUGACAAGUGGCCUAUCUGUGAGAUCAGUUAAAACAACUGUUCAUAUUUAUGAUAAACCAUUCAUCAGUUUGAAAUAUAGAAGAAAAAAUGUACUGGACGUUAUAUCUGGCAAGAAGUCCUAUCGACUUUCUAUGAAAGUGAAAGCGUUUCCUGCACCAGAGGUUGUAUGGUUGAAGGAUGGGUUACCUGCUGCUGAAAUGUGUGCCCGGUAUAUAAUUAAAGGUUAUUCACUAAUCAUAAAACAUGUUGCUGAAGAAGAUGCAGGAAAGUACACUAUAUUGCUGAGUACUCAGCAAUGGAACUUGCAUAAAAACUUGACAGUCACACUGAGAAUAAAUGUGAAACCUCAGAUCUAUGAAGAAGUGUCUUCAAUUCCUGGUUCUAAUCUUCAUCAAGUGGGAAGUAAGCAAAUCCUAACUUGCAUAGUUUAUGGUAAUCCUCAACCUACAAUAAAGUGGACCUGGCAACCUUGUCAACAGACAAAUUCCUCAGCAAGGUAUGAAUUUUGCUCCAAUCCAGAGAGACCUUUCAUCUUGAAACCUGGGAGCACUACAGGAAACAGAAUCGAAACCAUCACACAGAAAACAGCAAUAAUAGAGGGAAAGAAUAAGACUGCUAGCAUGUUGAUUGUGGCUGAAUCCAGAUCAUCCGGAAUCUACAGUUGCAUAGCUUCCAAUAAAGUGGGAAGUGACGAAAGAAAUAUUAGCUAUUUUGUAACAGAUGUGCCAAAUGGAUUCCAUAUUAACUUAAAGAAAGCACCAAUUGAAGGAGAAACCUUGGUGUUGUCCUGUUUAGCCAACAAAUUUCUGUACAAAGACAUUGCCUGGUUAUUACCAAGGACAGUUAACAACCAAACAAGAAUAAAAAAGGCAGCCACUAAGGAGUAUUCCAUUGGUCUCACUCUCAGCAUCAAGAACGUUUCGCUUGAACAUUCAGGCACAUACACCUGCCGAGCAAGGAACAUAUACACAGGAGAAGAAGUGCUUCAAGAGAAAGACGUUACAGUCAGAGCUCAGGAAGCACCGUACCUGCUGCGGAACCUCACUGAUCAGGUUGUCAACAGCAGUCACUCUGUUAGUCUGGAGUGCCUUGUUCAUGGUGUGCCAGAACCUCAGAUAUCCUGGUUCAAAAACAACGCACAGCUACAGCAAGAGCCAGGUAUAAUGUUAGGGCCAGGAAGCCAGAGUCUACUGAUUGAAAGAGUGCAAGAGGAUGAUGCUGGACACUACCAAUGUGUUGCUACCAACCUAAAAGGAACAGUGGAGAGUUCAGCUUACAUCACCAUACAAGGAAUUUCAGAGAGCUCAAACCUGGAGCUGAUAACACUGACAUGCACUUGUGUGGCAGCAACACUCUUCUGGCUUCUGUUAACACUCUUCAUCCGUAAGCUUAAAAAGCCUUAUUCUUCUGAAAUAAAGACAGAUUAUUUAUCGAUCAUAAUGGAUCCUGAAGAAGUCCCCUUAGAUGAACAAUGUGAACGACUUCCUUAUGAGGCCAGCAAAUGGGAGUUCGCCCGGGAAAGGCUCAAACUGGGAAAGACCCUUGGGCGAGGUGCUUAUGGGAAAGUAGUACAAGCAGCCGCUUUUGGAAUUAAAAAAUCACCCACGUACAAAGUAGUUGCUGUAAAAAUGCUGAAAGAAGGAGCCACCGCCAGCGAGUAUAAAGCUCUGAUGACUGAGCUGAAGAUCUUGACACAUAUUGGUCAUCAUCUGAAUGUUGUGAAUCUGCUGGGCGCUUGCACAAAAAAUGGAGGGCCGCUAAUGGUUAUAGUUGAAUAUUGCAAAUACGGAAAUUUAUCAAGCUACCUUAAGAGCAAAAGGAAUUUCUUUUCUUCCAACAAGGAUACCUCCCUUCAAGGAGAGCUGGUGACAGAGGAGAAGGAUGUGGAGCCCAUUGGUGGUAAGAAGAAAAGGCUGGAGAGUGUCCCAAGUCGAGAGAGCUUAGCAAGCUCUGGAUUUCAGGAAGAUAAAAGUUUAAGUGAUGUGGAAGAGGAAGAGGAGGAUUCUGAUGAAUUUUACAAGUGGCCCCUCACCAUGGAAGAUCUAAUUUCUUACAGUUUUCAGGUGGCCAGAGGCAUGGAGUUCUUAUCAUCUCAAAAGUGCAUCCAUCGUGACUUAGCAGCCAGAAAUGUCCUUUUGUCUGAAAACAAUGUUGUGAAGAUCUGUGAUUUUGGCCUUGCAAGAGAUAUUUAUAAGAAUCCUGAUUAUGUGAGAAAAGGCGAUGCACGUCUCCCCCUCAAAUGGAUGGCACCAGAAUCUAUAUUUGAUAAAAUCUAUAGUACCAAAAGUGAUGUUUGGUCAUACGGAGUACUGUUGUGGGAAAUAUUUUCUCUAGGUGCAUCUCCUUAUCCAGGUGUUCAGAUAGAUGAAGACUUUUUCAACAAGUUAAAAGAAGGCAUAAGAAUGAAAGCCCCAGAUUUUGCAACCCCAGAGAUAUAUCAAAUCAUGCUGGAUUGCUGGCAAGGGGAUCCAAAGGAAAGGCCAAGAUUCUCAGAGCUGGUGGAGAGAUUGGGAGAUCUACUUCAAGCAAACGUAAAGCAGGAUGGCAAAGACUAUAUCCCUCUGAAUACUAUAAUAUCAGUGGAUCCUGAAUUUGACCAUUCCUCUCCAACUUCCCCUCAUCCUCACGAGAGAGGAAAUCAUUCAGUACCAGCCUUGAAUUACACAGGCAUCGAAAACACUGGGAGAUAUGUUAAUGCCUUCAGAAUGAAAGUCAAGACCUUUGAGGAACUUUCACCCAAAAACAAACUUGGAUGUGAUGAUUACCAGGCCGACAGUGGGAUGGUGCUGUCCUCAGAAGAACGGAAACGUUUUACAUGGACAGGCAGCAAACAAAAGCAAACUUUCUUUGGCCUCCUCUCUGGCAGCCGAAGCAAGGAGUCUGUCCUUUGUGACACCGCAAAGCCGAAGGUUUACAGUUCCAGCUGCGGCCACAUCAGUGAUGUGACUCUGCCAUUUACCCGCGGCAGCACAGGCUGGGAAGGGAAGCAGACGCAGGGCUUCUCUCCUCCCAGCUAUAACUCGGUGGUUCGCUAUUCCACUCCUCCAGUGUAGCAAGGACUUUGAACUACUCAAAGCAGCUGCUCCUCCACUUGAGCUGCAUCUCUCCACUAUCACCAUUUAAAAUAUUGAACACUCCUUCCUGCUACUCAAUGACCCAACAGCACCCCUGUAGAGUACAUUUCUGGGCUGUAGCACUAGCUUCCACCCAACAGCAAGAACCACAAGAACCCAGUAACUAUUCAAAUGUGAGGGGGACAGCAGGGAGGGAACCCUGUGCACUGUAUUUCUCUCACUUCCUAAAUACAGAUCCUUACAUUGGUCUCAGGCAAUGCUAUGGGAGGAUGGUGAAACUGACCAGGCUAGAAGCUGCUUCUGGUCUACUUAGUUAUAUGCUUUAGGGAGAUUGCACUUUUAUUUUACCCACAGAGUCUUGCAGAUACAUACCCAUUUUGCUCUCGUGCUGCUGUGGAAUUAUUUCAGCUUUUGAAGGAGUGUGUUCAGUAGAAACAGUUCAAGCAGAUGUAAUGGUGACCCAAUGAAUGCAUCAGGGGCAAGGGUAGCUCUGCAAUACCUUAUUAAACAUUUCAAAACCAUACAGAGGGUGUUGGGGCCUCAGCUCCCUGCAUAGCUCUUUACCUUGUAGCUUGCUGAAGCAACAUAUACACUGCACAAAGUAAAUCUGCACAAAAAACACAGGUAGGAUUCAGGUUUUCUUGAGGCAAUACUGGGGACUCCCUGGCGCAGCAUCUUAGUAUUUUCCAUGAGAGAACACACUGUUCUCCAUGUAUCUAUUAUACUAGCCUGCUUUUAUACUCCCAGCUGCAAGUGACAGCAGAGGCACGAAGCGUCAGGCCAACCUGCUGUAGCUAAUCAGCAAUAAAACCUGCAUCCAGCUGCAGCUUUGCAGUGUCUGAAAUACCCGUUGAAUCUUGUGCUGCUGCUAUUGCAACUAUUGAAUUUAUUUAGUGCUAAGAGUGUGCUGCUAGGUUCAUUUUGCCAAGGGGCAGGUAGUUAUGGUAGUGAACCAUUGCCUUGGUUGACCAGUAAGCUACCACGAUGGCUGUUCUAUAAAAGCAGCUGAUGUCGGUCCUGCUGUUCCAAGUUGGUUAUGCCUAAACUUGAUUCACUGGUUUCAAUGACAAUUUGUCACAAUUAACCUGAGCUGGAUCAAGGCCAAUAGAGUGAAGAGUGUUUGGGUGCUGGAGAAUUUUAGAACACUCAGUUUCUAAAGCCAUAAGUCUGUAACCUUUGUGCUCUCUCAUUAGAUGGAACAUCAGCCAACUAUUCAGCCAUGACUCUAUUAUUAAAGCCAAUGGAUCUAUAAAGAGCUGAGGAGUGAAACUCCUGGGUUUAUUUUCAUGUAGGGCAUUAGUAGUUGUAAAAACAAAUAUUUUUUAUAUUCAAAUCUAAUGCUUUUAACGAACCUUUUUUAAAAAACUGGAAUUUACAAAGCGUUCUUUAACUGGAUGUAAAUAUCUCAUACUCGUGCCUUAACUUUUACCGUCUAUUUUUACAUAUGCUUUCUAAAGUUUCACAAUAAAAUUUAUUUCCAAGCUCCA